CAUUCGAAACGGUCAGCGCCCGGAAGCCCCAAGCAAGCUGGUGUGUGCGCGCGCGUGUGGGUGUGAGAAAGCAAAGAGCAAGCAAGAGAAAGGAAAGGUGGUUGAGAAUUAGUGCCGUGAUCCGGGAAAACUAUCGUGCAAAAUAAUCACAACAAAAAAACAACAAUAAAACCAGUGUGAACCUCCCGGAAAAGCGCCCGAUUAAGAGCCUUUCGGUUUCUGAGAUUUUUCGUGUGAUAUAACGAACGACCAGUUCGCGCUUGGUGCAGUGUUCGAGUGCCAUUUCCCUGGCUACGGGGGUGAUAUUUUUACUGUUACGUUACGAAUUUUCUCGACCGUUCCCGCACACACGCUCGUGCCGAGUGGUGACUGUCCUGUUCCCGUUUCCCGGGAGUUUUUCCUAGUUCACCCACACACACACACACACACACAAACAAAAAACCAACAGCACACCUGACGUGUGUUCAGGAUGACUCCUAAGCCACACGAUUUUCUCGUCACGCUCCGGCGCCCAUCAGCGCAGGUUCCGUGGGGCAUCCGGCUCGUCGGUGGCACCGAUCUGAACGCACCGCUCAUCAUCACACGGGUACAGGUCAACAGUCCGGCCCAACCGGAACUGCUCCGUGGUGACGUGAUCACCAAAAUCGACCAGUACGAUGGUCGAGACCUAACGCACAACGACGCGCAGAACCUGUUCCGGAACGCCGGCAAUCAAAUCAAGGUGACGGUCCGUCGUGACGACAAGGUGGCCCUGCACCAGAGCGCCCAUCCGGUCAACGGUAAUCCGGUUGCGGCCCUGCCGUCGGGCACCUAUGCUCAACCGUACCAACCGUACGUGGAUCCAACUCAGCCGCCAAAGCCGCAGCUACACCAAAAUUUCCCACCGCCGGAUCCGGCUCAGCUACUGCCGAGCAUUGCGACGGCUUUGCCGCACGGACCACAGGCAUACGCGGCCGCUUUGGAACGUCCGCUGGAAACGUUGCCGCACACGGUGUUCCCAGGAGUCGAUGAAUCUGGCGCUUAUCAUCUUCCCAAGCAGCCGUAUCCGCCACCAGCUCCGAUCGGCCUGAACGAUGCCAGCGAAGCGAUCGCUAAUCAGCCGUACCGUACCACACCGCUAGUCCUGCCCGGUGCCAAGGUGCCGAAGAAGGAUACGCUCCCGACAGAGUCUUACCUCAGACACCACCCGAACCCGGCCAUGCGCGCCCCGCCCGCACAUGACUACACAGACACACUGAUGAAACAGAAGCUCGCUGAAACCGUGAUUCAUCGAGUGAUUGGAGACGAGCCACCGACCGGUCCGAAGGUCGUUCACAAGCAGUUCAACUCCCCGAUCGGACUGUACUCGGACAGCAACAUCGAGAACACGAUCAGACAUAGCGCUCCGCAGCAGACGCAAACCGUUCCAUCGAACGGAUACACCAAUCGCCAUCGGCCAACGAAAAUUGAAGGCUACAAGAAGACCGUCGUGUUUGACCCGUGCAAAAGCGAAACCUACCGUGCGCUGCAGGAAGGAACCGGGGAAGGUCUGCAGGAGGUGCCGAAUCCGAUUCAGCCGAAAACCUUCGCACCGAACCGUUUAGUGCCAGGAAAGAAGCCUAACGCCAAUCACCCCGCUCCACAGCCAGAAUUCGCCUACCGGGUCAACUCGAUGGGUGAACCGAACGAGAAGAUCCACCAGAGUGGAUCCUUCAAACGUUUGAUGCUGCACGUCAUGAGUGACAUGGACUAGAUCGCAAGGAUCAACGCCGUGCGUGGAGCAGCGGCUCCAAGCUAAAGGAUUACAUACUUUAUUUCUACACGCACAAACUCACACCCACACGUGGUCUACAGACACAUUUAGUUAAUCGAAGCGUCGUCGAGUUCGCUUCAAACGAAACCCAUCCAAGAGCUCAUUGGUUUUAAUCGUACACAUCCUGCCCGCGUGGAGGCCGACCAUUUUUGGCUUGUUUGUGAGCUUCCUUUGAUGAGGAUAUUGUCAAAAAAUUAGCCCGAAUGCUUAGGUCGCGGACUAGUCGGACUAGCCUACUCGAAGUCGUCCCAAAAUCCCUUAACCCACCUGUCCCAGCAGACCGAAAAUUUGAAACCGCGUGGUUGUUAUGUAAAUAAGCAUUUGUUUGCCUCCUUUCUGUCCAUAGUAUUGUUUUACUUUGGGGCAUUUUUUUUGUAUUUUGUUCUUUACCAUCUUCAUUUAAUUGUGAAUCUUCUUCUUCUUCUUCUUUGCCUCUUCCAUUUUCCCUGUACGUUUUCUAUCGCCCUAAGCGUUGAGUUCCCUUUGUGCCAUAGAAUCACAGAAAACUCCCCGCAAUCCGUCGUGUGUUGCCCCAAGGCAUAUUUGCAUAUUUAAUUAUUGAUCUAUCAACGUAUUUACGCGUUUGUAUAUUCAACCAUUCUUGCCGGUGGCCACAUUGCCCACGCUAGUUGAGCGAUGAGGCGAAGCGAGUGUAUGUUCUAGUCAACGCUGAUCGUUUAUGUUGCAGCAAGCCGGGCGCCACGCCUGCCCUAGCGGCUGGUAGCUUACCCUGCGUAGCGUAACGCUCACAAGCAGUAGUUUAUUUCGUUUAUCUUCUUACCACUUACUGUUACCUUUCGCGAGGAAUUGAGCGAAACAAAAAAAAAAUCUAUAUCAACACUUGUUCGGCGCCACUCGCUUUGUGCGCUUCAUUUUGCGAGCUGUGCGUUUGUUGAACUAUGUUGGAACGUGUGAAGCACGUUUUAUGAUUGGGUGGAGGUGGCGACACGAGUUUGUGUACGGUGCAUAGACGCACGCUGAUGCAGGAAAAUGGUGCCCGCAAUGGCAAAACGAGACCACCCCCGUACAUACACACGCACACGCUCUCAGAGAGGGAACAUAGUUUAGCACGGCUUGCUACGAGAUAUAUCUAUUUAUUACAGUUUAUGUACACAGUGAUAUCACAAGCAACGAUCGAUAAAGCAGAAUAAAGGUAAACUUAUUAUAAAU